AUGCCGAACGAUUUCCCUCCCCUUCAUCUCUUCGGUUCCUUGCCUGAAUUCGAUUCGAUCGACCCGGAGAAUCUUCAGGCCUUACAUGAUUCGUGGAAGAAUUUUGUUAGCAUGAAUUUGGCUGGCAUGUCAUUUCCAGCCUCACAACCACCUUUGACCAGCACAGCAGCGUCAACGGCAUCAACUUCACCACCAUCGCUGGUAUCGUUGUCUGAGGACAUGCUAGCUGCCCAUGCUCAAUAUCUUGGUCAGGAUCCGACAAGCCCGGCCUUCACCUCAGACCGGGACGACGACAAACCUGUCACUUACAGCACGGCUCUACAAACUCAAGAACCUGAAGCGGACGCAAUCCACCCAGACAUUGACCGCACCGAUGUUGUCAACCUGUCACGCCUCAUUGCCCUCUUCCAAUCCGGCUGGACGCUCUCACGCGGUCAUGGCCCUCGCAACAACGACUUCUGCCUUUGGUGCCGUGGUCCGAUGACUGAGCAUACGGAGAUUCUCAUCCACGACUGCGGUCCCAAUACCAGCGCUAAGUGCAACAACGCUUGGCCAGCGAGCUGUUUCCUGCAAUCAGUCGUCAACUUCGAGAUAGACAAGGCCGGCACCCGAGUCCUACGCUGCCCCAUGUGUCGCGCCGAGAUCUUCAACGCUCACCGCUUGAAACGCGACCCGCGUAUGCAAGAUUUCCAACACCCUACGUAUGAGGUCGUCCCUGCGCAUAUCCGUGUUCUCCUAUUCGGUGCCCGUCUCGCGCUUCAAUACGCCAAAGAGCAUGGCAGUCGACCACUGUUCUUCAUGGAACGUGCCGAAGUUGCAAAGUUGGCCAUGCUAGGCAGGAACUCGGUCGUUUUUAGGCAGGUGGAUGCCCUGAAGCACCCCGAGCGCGGUGAAGACCACUUUGUCACCUUGUGGCUGGUGAUCGACUGGGGUAACAACGAGUAUCGAAUGACGCCAUACCUUUCUACACCGAAUAUCGUGCCUGAGAUGCUGCGUGAACGUAUAUCGCCCCUCCAAGGCAUUAGGUUUAUGACAGCUCAAGAGGUGGAACAUGAAGCGGCGGUGAAAGGCGGUUUGGCCGAGGCGGUCGCCGCAUUCAUGCCAGACUUGCACGAUGAGAGUAUCAAGGAGAUGGUGCAUGGCGGUAAGCAGGAGCUUUUGAUGAUCAUAGAGCAAUGGGUGUCCUCUGCCAGGGACGAGGAGGCAAGAGAGCGCUGCAAGGCAAUGUUUGUACAGUUGACGAAAGCGUUUGGGAUUUGUAUGCCCCAGGACGAGACUAAGAGUGCACAGAUAAGGGAGAACCAGGUUGCCGACCAGGAUGGGGAUGUGGAGAUGACGCAAGAGGAGUACGAGGAUAGCAUUCAGCAUACGCACAUGGAGACGGAUGACGACGAAGACGAAGACGACGACUCUUGGGCCGAAUGA